GAUUUACGACGAGAGUAUAAAUAUGAAGAGCACACUGCAGAUGCUUCAGUUCGCAAGAUUAUUAUUAAGAUGCAACUAAAACUGGUCUUCACGCUGAUUGUCCUCGGAGUCGUCUGUCUACUACAGACAACACCUACCGAGGCAGCCGCGAAUCAUGUGAAACAGCUAAUGAAAUUAUUCCGAGAUUUGGACUUUGAUUGGUCGAAGAAACCUUUCUACCUACACCGAGCGAAGUAUGGUGUGCAGAACCAGCUGCGAAAUCCACUCUGCACGAAGGCAAACUCUUUCCCAAAUGAAGCCAAGCUUUCCGACGAGUGCUUGAAGCAAAUGGUCGCCAAGGUAAAUGAUCUUGAGGAUACGUUCUAUGCCGGGUUCAGUUAUGCCUGCCAGGACCAUGACCAAUAUUCAAUGGAGUGUCUCGAAGCGGCCGAACCGGCAUAUUUGAAUGGGUUGCAGGAUCUUGCUACAGCGACGGAGAAAUGUCUGCUGCAAUAGUAGACGACGCAGAAAUGGAUUAUAAAUUUAUUGAAUAAAGGAAUUGUUGCUUCAAUAAAUCGUUCAAGCC